GGAAACUGAAAGCGUGGGAUUAACUGGGAGGUUCUGUCCGAGUUGUGACCCAGCAGGAUCUGAGCUGGAGAGGUGGCCGCUCUGAGGAACUGGCUGUGUGACUGGGCACCCAUUGUGACCGGAUCACAGGAGGAAGGUGCCACCUCAGCCACAAGGAACAAAGGUUUAAUUGCACCGAAACUGCCAGUUGGACAAAGGGUGCUGGGCACCACUCGCCCCCCUCCUGCCAUGCUCCGGCCUCUUUAUUAUCUGAUCCCUGUUUUGGGGGGCUAUGCAGUCACCUCCUAUUAUCUGCUGAAGAACCCCCACAUCCUGCACAAGAAGAAAAAAUUAUCCUUUUACUGCCGCCACAUCUCCCACAGAGGAGGAGCAGGUGAGAGAAUCGAGAGUACACUGGAGGCUUUUGACAAUGCCGUGUCCAAUCACACUGAUCUCCUGGAGCUCGACUGUCACAUCACUAAGGAUGGGAAGGUGGUGGUGUCCCAUGACCUGAACUUGCUGAGGCAGACGGGCCAUGAUGUCAAUAUCUGUGACAUCACAUACGAGGAGCUGCCUCUCUACAGAGAACCCCUUGAGGUCACCUUCUUCCCAGGACAUUACUCGUCGGGCAGUGACCGGAGGAUCCCGCAGCUGGAGGAGGUUUUCCAGAGGUUCCCCCACAUGCCCAUUAAUGUGGAGAUCAAGGAGGAAACCCCCGAGUUGGUUAAACAGGUAUCAGAUCUAGUGAAACGGUACCAGCGCUCAGAAAGAACCGUUUGGGCCAGUGUAAAGGACCCAAUUAUGAAACUCUGCCAGGAGGAGAAUCCUGAUAUGCCUAUCAUGUUUACCGCACGCCGCGGUUUGAUCCUGCUCCUCCUCUAUUACACUGGGCUCCUCCCCUUUGUGCCUCUGAGAGAGUCUGUGCUGGAGAUGCACAUGCCGUCUAUUAUAAACAGAACCUACUUCCCCCCCAACCAGCUCAUGAGAAACCGCUUUCUGGUCUUUCUGCAGGACAAAUUAAUGAUGAGAAAAAGUCUCUUCCAGCACCUGCAGGCAAGAGGGAUCCAGGUGUAUCUGUGGGUUCUAAAUGAAGAAAGUGACUACCAGAGAGGAUUAGAGUGCGGUGCAGACGGUAUCAUGACCGAUUACCCCUCCAAUCUGCGUUCCUUCCUGCAGAGAUAUGAGAGGGGUCAGAGAGCAAGGAGUGAGGCAGAGGGCAGUGUAACUGGAGACGGACAUGGCAGCUCCUACUGAGUGGGAACCGGCAGUGUACUAACUGUGUGUCACCUCACUCACUGACUGCCACUGUCUGGGUCUGUCACUGCUGAAUCCUCUGGAGUGAGACCAACCCAGUGUGAGACUGUAUUAGUCUUGAUACAGAACCGACCCACUCUGACUUCAUGGUCUUUAUGGGAAUCAUAACGAAACUGGAUCUUCCAUGGAAUUUUGUUUCCACAAGUGUGUGUUUGGGGGGGCAUUGGCAGGACUUGAAAUGAACUGCAGGCAAGUGAAGGAAGCUCAGAAACAUAAAUGCUUGUGCCCCCCAGAAAGAGCCCACGUCACAUGAACCUCAAGUUCAUCCCAUAUAAAGGAGAUCAAAUGUCUGUCCAUUCCAUAAAUACAAUAAAAUACAUAUGUAUGUCAUAUAA